CAAAAUGGAGGAGAGGUCUCUUUCGGACUGAGCCUUUGUCGUUAUCUUCCUUCUUGCUGAGGCUUAGUGAAGCUUUUUGGUUAAAAGGCAAAGUGCUCCAUGGCCGACGAUGCUUCGGAACUCGAGGCCGGGUCGGAAGGCAGCGACAUACUAACCAAAAAUUCGGCCGAGUUUGCCACAAAGUUUAAGAAGGCUUUUGAUGCUUCCAAAGACACACUUCAAAAUUCCGUGGUUUGUCAGCUGGCGAAAAACAAAGAACCGCUGGGAAUGUGCACACUGGGGCCGCAUUACUACGCGGGCGUGCCGCUGGUCAUGAAGGAGGUACUAGAGGGUUCGUUAGUUGACACGUCAUGUCUUGCUUAUGGGGCUAGUUGGUCCACCUGGAGUUCUGAGUUCAAACUUCCGCGGGUUUGGCCGAAACUGACCCCUGAGUGGAGCAAAUGGGUGCCAAGGAUGGAGCAUUUCUUUGCUCAAAAAUGGAAGGACUAUGGAAUAUAUGAUAGUAUUAAGAUGACGGAGCAAGAGAUUCAUAUGGAUCGGCCCCUUCUUGCGGCGAGCUUAUGCUUCUGGUCGUCUGCCACCAACACUAUCAAGUUGCCUCUUGGUCCCAUGACCCCUACUUUGUUAGACAUGGCCGCAAUAUUUGGGUUUCGGCCGAAUGGCGAGGCGGUUUGUGCUACAACCAAAUUCCCUAGUUCCUUCCAUGCUAGUCUGAAACCUAAAGCGAUAAAGAAUGACAAGAAGGCUAAAGAUGACGCAGAAGCUAAGGCAAAGAAAUUACUCAACUAUAGCACCUUUUAUGCCACACAUGCAGUUGAUGCAGCAGUUUCGGAAACUAGGAGGCAACCUCCAAAACAGCACGAGCACGCCGCCUUCCUUCUCUAUUGGCUUUGUAAGUUUGUAUUUUGCUCCAAGUCAAAUAAGUGCACUUUUGAAUUUGCUGGUAUUGCAGAAGCUUUUAGCAUGGGUAGGCCUCUAGCCCUUGGGCCAUUUGUUCUUGCUCGCCUCUACCGUGCUUUACGCAAUGCAGUGAUCGAUAAUAUGAAUUUGGAUAUUGGAGGGCCAUUAUGGAUGUUUCAAGUGUGGAUACAGACCUAUUUUCAUGAGCUCCGGUCGACAUGUCCUCCAUUUGUCCCCACAAUGACACUUGGCCGUCAGAUUAUUGCCCUUGGCACUCAUACACAUUCAGCCGCGCAGUGUUUUGCUUUCUUUUAUUCAAAAAAGACUAUGUCCAAAGACGAGUUUUCCAUAUGUUACAGCCGAGAUCACCCUUCUUGCCUUGAGAUCAACAUAUCAAAACCAUGGGAUAAAAAAUUUGAGUUGGAUGUGAUUCUGACUUGGGGGAGUUUUCUGAUCUCUCGAGACCUGAACUAUGGCCUCAAAGGCACCGUGGGUCGGUAUGGUGUGGAGGUCUAUCUUCCCAAUUUUGUUGCACGUCAGCUUGGCUUCAUACAAAGUUGUCCGGCCUUAUUCUUGAUGUCAAGAAACUACUUCUCGUCAUGGAGAGAUGGGUUCACACGAACUUCUCAGUGUUCGGCCGUUGGUAACUACUAUGAAGAGCAAUUUGGCAAGUUUGAGAGGUCCGGCCUAAAGCCUCGUUGUCCUGAUCAUAGAGCCACCCCACACUUCCAAGCUUGGUGGUCGACUUUUAUCAUGAAAAAUCUUGGAAAGGACUUGGCUGGGACCCAACGUGGUGCUUUACAAGGACUUUCGAACUUGCUAGGCCCCAAGGAAGGUAAGUUAUUUUGGCUUAUUGUUCCAACUUUUCCUUAUAUUGAUCUCUUACCUCUUUGAUCCAGGUAACG